AUGUCCAACGAGAAGGGCGCGUGCCAGACAACGAACACCGUCCGCAUAAAGGAUGACGACAAGGACGAUAAGGAUAUCAUCCCGCUCGACAAGGAUGACAUUGCGCUGCUGAACCUCUACGGCUCCGGCCCCUACCACGGGAGCAUCAAAGAUCUGGAGGAGUUUGUCAAGGCGAAGGUGGAGGAGCUGAACAAGAUGGCCGGGAUGAAGGAGAGCGGGAUGGGCCUUGCGCCGGCGGUGCAAUGGGACCUCAACAGCGAUCAGAAGGUCCUGGAGCGGGAGAACCCCCUCCACGUCGGCCGCUGUGAACGCAUCCUGAACAAGGGCCAGGACAACGCCCGCUACGUGGUCAGCAUCCGUGACCACGCCAAGUACGUCGUCACGAUCGGUGAGCGUGUGGCGCCUGAAGACAUCGAGGAAUCGAUGCGGGUUGGCAUCAUCAUGGGCUACAGCAAGAUCCAGAUCGAGAUCCCGCUGCCGCCCCGCAUUGACCGCUCCGUCUCGAUGAUGCAGGUGGAGGACAAACCCGACGUGACCUACGCCGAUGUGGGCGGUGUGAAGGAGCAGAUUGAGCGCAUUCGGGAGGUGGUAGAACUGCCGAUUACACACCCGGAGAAGUACACCCAGUUGGGCAUCGACCCACCGAAGGGGGUGCUGCUGUACGGACCGCCCGGUACUGGCAAGACGCUGCUGGCCAAGGCGGUGGCGAACCGCACGGAUGCCACCUUCAUUCGAGUCAUCGGCUCGGAGCUGGUGCAGCGCUACAUCGGCGAGGGAGCCCGCAUGAUCCGUGAGAUCUUCCAGCUGGCCCGCACAAAGAAGGCAUGCAUUAUCUUCUUUGACGAGGUCGACGCCGUCGGUGGCAGUCGCGGUAGCGGCGACGGCGACGACGAGAUUCAGCGCACGAUGCUGGAGAUGGUGAACCAGAUGGACGGCUUUGACUCCCGCGGCAACGUGAAGGUGAUCAUGGCGACGAACCGACCCGACACCCUAGACCCAGCCCUGACGCGCCCGGGCCGUAUGGACCGCAAGUUGGAGAUUGGCCUGCCGGACUUGGAGGGCCGUACGAACAUUCUGCGCAUUCACUCCCGCUCGCUUUCUUGCGAGAAGGACGUGCGGUUUGAGUUGAUUGCCCGUUUGUGUCCGAACACGACGGGUGCAGAUCUGCGGUCGGUGUGCACGGAGGCCGGCAUGUUUGCCAUCCGCGCCCGCCGCAAGACGAUCAACGAGAAGGACUUUUUGGACUCGGUGAACAAGGUGGUGAAGGGUCAGCACAAAUUCAGUGCCACGGCCAAGUACAUGGUGUACAACUAG